AUGGCGGAUGAUGUGGAAAAAGAAAAACAGGAAAGUUGUGAUUUUUCGUCUGCUACGCUGAAUUUGCAUGGUUCAGACACGGAAGUUGUUAUUCAUAGAGAGGUCUUUGAUUCAUGUUCCAAUCUGGAUGAUGAAAAAAAUGAGAAAUCUACCGAAAAAAUCAAUCCCGAUUUGGAGAGUGAGAGUUGGAGAUGGACACCAACGAGUUUUGUAAAUAACUCGGAUGAUCUGGAUAAAGACAGUCAUAUUGAGUCUGUUGUGGACAAAUCUACUUUUAGUGAGGAUGAAAAAUGUAUUAAAAAUGAGGAUUUAGAGAGAACGAGUUCAACUAUGUUCAAUUCUAAGGGAUUAAUUCAGACUGAGAACGUUACAAAAUUAUUGGAAUCACGAGUUACGGAGAGAUCACCAGAUAUGGAAUUUAGACAUAGAUACUCUACUAAUGAGAGACUGAGUAAACGAGACGAAGAAACUAGGGUGCUGCAAAGUAAUGACAAUUCCUCUGAAGCAGUGGAGGUCGUGGAACCAAGUAGAAAGUCUCACAAUAAAGUUGAAGAAAGUCCAGUGAUAAAGGAGGAAGCUUCUGAACAGGACCUUCAUGAUGGUGUAAGAAGUAAGUAGGUGGUUUGUUGGUGUCGCAGAUGGUGUGAUACCCACAUAUUUUGAUACAAAAUUUUAGAAGACACUAGAUUAUAUCCACACAAUGGAACAGUUCUUAAACAACAAUAAUUUCCAUAACACCAAGAAAUACCUGUAUAAUUUGUCAUAAUUUGUUGAAACACUUCCGGAAAACUCAAGAUAAACUUACUCAAUUCAUGAAUACAUAUAUUGCUUCCCUCCCCUUUCGGCAAUACUGGUUUCAAAUGUGUGCUUUGGCACAAGCAUUUUCGAGAUCAACAUUGAAUUCGCAAGCAUUUCAACAAUAUUAUGAUGGGAAUGUAGGUUGGCCCUCCUUAUGUCAAUUUGGGCACAUUAAGAUGGGUGUAUAUAGAAACAAUGACGAGUUACAACAAUAAAAGGCAUUUUUUUUCUUCAGGCAAAAUUGAAAGGGUGUCAUGAAAGAAAAAAAAAAGUUAAAAGGUUCUAUUAUUUAUUCAUUGUUAGUAAAACAAAGAGAGAAUGCUGCUACAGAGUGCAAAGAAAGUCAGUUUUACAGCCUGCCAUUCGGGCAAGCUGUAGGUAGCAUGUACUGGCCCACAUGUCAUUUUAACUGGUCCCCAACCCUUUUUGUUAAGCAGGAUUGAUUACAGUCCUUCUGCAAUUUGAAUUUUCCCGAAAAACAGCACUUACCCGUCGGGCAAGUUAAGAGCAAAAAUCACUAGCCCGAUAGCAAAAUCCACUAGCCCCGGGCUAUCGGACACGACUUUCUUUGCACGCUGUACUAGCUACAGUUGGCAACAAAAUUGUUGAGACACUGUCCUUAAUUGGGUUACUUCAAAAGAACAAAACAAUCUGCACCCCUCCCCUUUGCCCUCCAUUCAAAUUUGGGGUGUUUGUUGUUUGUUAUAAGUAGUUCAUACAGUGGCAUGACAUUGCUUGGAGGGGAUAGUGUCAGGAACGCUGCUCCUUUCCCUUUUGAAGUCGGCAAAAUGCAGGCGGACUGUCUAAUGUAUGAUGACUUAAGAAGUGAAAAUAGUGUCAAAUUUCUCGUGUCGGUGCAGUCUUGCUUGAAUUUAUGACUCAUGAUUUCACUUUAGAGCUGUCAUUCAUGAAGUACAUUAUGGCAGAAAUCUCCCGGGGAAAGUAUAUGGAACUUGAAGAAGACAAGUAUACAGAAAAGCGUGAGAAGGUGUACACAUUCAUGAAAAUUCCAAGAGAGUUUGAAAAGGUUAAUAUUCUUCCUUUUGUUUGUUUGUUGUUUGCUUGUGUUUGUUUGUAGAACUUGAAGCACUAUUCUCUACAGUUUUCUUGGUUUUUUUUAUCAUUAUAUGGUUACAAAAUUAAAAGUCUUUUUUAAGGUGCAAAGGUUAUGAAUAAAUUAUUCUUAAAAUCAUUGUUAUAUUUUUAUCUUAUACUUAAACUCACCACAAUUACAGCAUUAUUGAAACCUAAGUUUUGUUUUUUUAAAACAGUUUGCACUCACAGCAUUGUUUUGGGGUUUCUGUUUUCUUUCAGCUGAUGGUUUUUGGUUUCAUGCUGUGCCUUGACUGUUUUUUGUUCAUGUUUACAUUCCUUCCAUUACGUUUGAUUGUUGCAUUUUACAAGAUUUUAACUGGACUGCUGUUUUGCAGAAUGUGAGUUACAAAAUGAUACAAAACUUUUAUUACAAUCAAACCCCCCUUUACGGACAUCUCAUUUUUACAGACAGUUUGAUUUGUCCCUCCGAAAAGAAAGCCCUUACAUUUUCUCUAAAUUUAACCUGCUCAAUAGGGACACCCCAUUAAUAUGGACACUUCCUAUGGCACCCUCAAUGUUCGUAUUAAUGGGGUUUGACUGUAAUACGUGUAUCAAUUAGCAAUUAAUGAAUUUGGCUUUCAUAGGAUAUGAAAUUAAGCAGAUCGAGGAGGGUACACCCUCCUCGAUCUGCCUAAUUCUUCAUAUACUACAAAAGCUGAAUUCGUUAAUUGUUUUAUUAUUUAUUCAAAAUAAUUCCUAGUUUAAAAACAUAGCUAAAACAUGCUUACUUGGAUCGAUGUUAAGUUCAUCUUCGAUAGUGUACCUUUAGGUUUGUCCAGCUCCGCAAAUUUUCUCCAAACAGCAGAUGUCACCCUCUGAGUUGUCUUCUAGCUGUUUUUGCCAUGUUUUUAGCUAUUAUUCAGGGUUGUCAUUGAGAGGCGGGGGCCCGGGAUUUCCCCGGCCUACUAAGAACAUGGCCCCCGGCUACUUUCAUAGGAAAAUAGAAGAAAAAUAGAACCAAAAGAAAUCCCUAGGUGUUUGAUUCCCCACCUACUUGUUGUAUUUUACCCGGCAACUUGGAAUCUUAUUGACAGCCCUGAUUAUUUCGCCGAGUUCCAGCUGUAGUUCUUACUCUUGAAACGGGCGAAAUGUCCGCCAUUUUUUUUUCACAACCAAAAUGGCUCAACCUAGUCCCCAGGUCUUCUCGGUGAACGGUGCCUUAACCUGUAGUGGGCUGCUUUUUUGACAUCAUUUCCUCGUUAAACACAAAAUUCUUCCGAAUUUGGUCAUCAGUAACUGGUUAUAGUGAAUUGUGCGUGUGCUUUUAGCCAAUCAGAGUUGGGGAAAUAUUUUAAAUGAAUAAUAAUUAAUUUUUAGGAACUGAAUGACACUUGCUCCAAUACUUGUAACAGGGAACUGUCACAGCAUUAAUCUUAGUUUCUUGUUGAAUUAACUAAAUCUUAAAUUAUCAAAAUCUAAUGGCCUUCACUUAUCUCAGUUACGCUGUCUUAACUUUGUUAUUCAGGUCACGAAUGUUACAACCUGCACAAAUAUGUGACUUACUGAAAGGUAUGGUUCUCAUGUUUAGUUUUUAAAGUUAUGUUGACCUUGCCUGCAUUUUGUGAAUGACAUAUUUUCAAAAUGUAUAUCCAAGAAAUUUCUCAUCAAGAUAUAUAUAUUCUUUGUGAAGUUAAUUCAAUUGUGUUUUACAAUGAAGUUCUAAAUAAUGAUAGUUUUCUUUCAGGAUCAAUUGUUGUGAUCUGCUGGGUACUUUUAACUUAUGUGGAUGUUUCUGUUCUCUACCACAUUGUGAGAGGACAAUCAGUCAUCAAACUUUACGUCAUUUACAACAUGCUAGAGGUACAAGUUAGAAAAUCUUGUGCAGUUGUCCUCAGAAAGUAAAGAGUUUUUAAAUUACCCCAUUGGAAUCUCAUUUCUUUGAAAUACCAAACACUAAAUCUUUUCUAGACUAAACAGCCUCUGAGGACCAGCGAUAGCUUUAGCCACCACAUGUGAUCACUUCAAACAAGAAAAAUAAUAAUUAUUGUUGAGAGGAAGCAUUGCAGUGGCAAGACUUGAAGCAAGAGAUACAGAUUAAUAUUUGCUGAUUAUAAUUUAUUCUUGUACCCUUAAACACCUUUAUAUACCUACAGUGUAUGUGGUAUUCUCCUUACCCUAUUCUAUAACUCAGCCUAUGAAGUCUCUGCCCUUCUAUAUACUUCCACUAAGCCUGAAAAACAACCCCUAUCAGGUGAGAUAUCCCUCAAAGGCCACUACAGUGAGUACAUUGGAAUUCCGCCUUACAACCACCCUGUUUAUGCGACCACCUCUUUAUUACGACCAUAUUCUUUCAACCCAAACUUAAAAAUAACAGAGUCAUUUUAUUAUUUUGAAGACCCCAUUAAUGAGACCACCUCAUUAUUACGACCAGGAUUUUAUGGCCCAACAGAGGUCGCAUUAACUGGGUUCCACUGUAUUCCUGUAUCCCCACUCCCUCCUCCCCCCAAAACUCUUUCUCCUUUCUUCCUUGUCUUUUUUCUCUGUUUUAACUUUAAUAAUUAUUUGAUAUUUUACAACUAAACUUUUACUGUCUUGUAGAUAGCAGACAGACUGUUUUCAUCAUUUGGACAAGACAUCUUGGACGCACUAUUUUGGACAGCAACUGAACCAAAAGAUAGAAGACGUGAACAUAUCGGAAUUAUUCCACAUUUUGUUAUGGCAGUCGUUUAUGUGUGUAUCCUUCAGAUGCGUAAUGAAACUUAUGAUGUUUUUAAAUGACUUAAAAGUCGUAGACAAAAUCAUUAAAUCUGCUUGGCAUAUUACAGUUUCAAUUUCUUUGUCAUUGCUGAUUGAUCGUAUUUGGACAAUGUUAAUGCAUUUCCUGUAAAUGUUUGGUAACUGAUGGCAUCCUUGUUUUGGAAGCAGAAUUGUGCAGUUUCAAAGCCGGGUGGCCUAAAAUAGAAAUGAUUAUUAAAAUGCAUAACCUCACAGGGGAAAGUAUCUUGGGUUUUAUUUGGUUCUGCGCAAAGUGAAAUCCAUCAAAUGUGUAGCCGAAAAGCCGAAUAGUACGAUCUUCACCAGAAAGGACAUAUAUUUCUGGUAUAGUUGUUUAGCCUUAACAUGUGAAGUUUUUCAUGCUGUUUUAGUGUUGUUUCAAUCCAUCUGUCUCAAUGUUGCUGUUAAUUCACACAACAAAGCUUUGUUAGUCAUCAUGGUGUCAAACCAGGUAGGUGCACUUGUUAGUAAUACAGUGGAACUCCAGUAACUGUGAAGGGAAAUGUAAAAGUUAGCGAGGGUUUGAGUUAUCGCGGUCAAUUGCAAAAUUCCAUUUGCCAUGGUGGUUAAAAUGGGCAGUUACUGAUUUUCAGCACUUGAACAGUGUAUGGUGCAAUGCAAAUUUAACUUAUUUCAUCAGAAACGGUAACAUGACGCAGAUGUUCUUAGGGGUUUGUCACACGUUCCUGCCCUGUUAAUGGGGCAGGAAUGCAACACUCACCCCUGAGAACUUCUGCGCGGGAGGCUAACAAGGAAGUGGCUGCUUGAGAGAGAGAGAGAGAGAGAGAGAGAGAGAGAGAGAGAAAGCUGAUUGUAUAUUUUUGUCUUCACCAGUUUGUGGAACUAAAAGGAAGUGUUUUCAAGAAAUUUGAAAAGAACAACUUAUUUCAAAUGGCAUGCAGUGGUAUGUUGAAAUACGGUCGUUAUAUUUUAAGAAUUUAUAGUUUACUUGUAGAGAGAACUCUGGCUAAGUUUUUGUUUUCUUUUUGCAGAUAUAAGAGAACGAUUUCACUAUUUGAUUUUAGUAACAAUUGUAACGCUUCGGAACUUGACAGAAUUUAAUUGGAACCUUGGUAAGUCAAAAGAGUAGACCUUUUUCUAAGUGAAAUGAAAAAGGAUACUGUAAAAGGAAAAACGGAAAAAAUCUUUACUUGCGUAAGGUGGACGGUUCUUCGGGGACUAUCAGAGCGAUUUUCACAUGACCUUGAAAAAUGGUUUCAGUAAUUGUUCGUUAUUUGUUUUAUCAGCCAAUGGAUGAAAAGGUCAAAACAUGGCCUUUUCGUUUUCCCACCAAAAAGACCUAAUAUGGAGAAGGCAUUGGUCGAUUGGCCAAUCAUGUUGCAGUUGGUUGCAGUAUGACGUCAAAGCGAAGUAUCGAUUGAUUUCUAGAAAGUUCUCGGGCAUGAAGUUUUUUUUACCGGAGUGUUCGAUUAACCAACCGAAAGCCACCUGGGUUUGUAUCCGUUCGAUAAACCAAUCAAAUCGCUCUGUUUCCGUUCGUUUGUUUUUUUCUGUUUUGUUCUCGCGUUUUCAUUUCAAGUUCAUAUGAAAAUCGCUCUAACCCUUUACAAGCCCAGAAUCUACUUACAAAUUCUCCGCACUGAUCUCUAUACAUUUCCUUGAAGAAUUAGAGGAGAUAGCUUGUUUAAAAAUCAAAGAAUUUUCCCAGAACCUUUUUUUUUGCUUAUCUUUUGAUAUUGUGAUGACAAAAUUGAUGACCAACAUUAAUUUUCUCUUAACAAAAUCAGCAGAUCAUCAAGAGUAAAGGUUACGAGAAUUACUUAAUUGAUUACCAAAUGGAGAAUGCGUUGAUCUUAAACCGAAUUCUCUCAACUAUUCUUAAAAGAAAUGUAUGGAGAUCAGUCUGGAGAAUUUGUAUGUGGAUUUUGGGACUUAAAGGGUUAAAAGUGCUAAAAACUGCAAAGUUGCCAAAAAAUGACGAUAACCGCGAAACUGGGAUAAAAAUUCAGUGUCGUGAUCACAUUUUUGUCUUUACAGAGCAUCUUUAUGUGAUCUGCCCUUAUCUGGUUGCCGUUGUAUCGUCUGAAUAUUUUGUUGAUUGGAUCAAACAUGCUUUUAUCACUAAAUUCAAUAACAUUCCUGUUGAGGUAAGUAUAUAUAUGCAUUCAUUUUAGCACCAAAAUGAAAGAAUUCAAAACAGUAGUAGCUUCUGUCCUGCUUGGGGGAGUUUAUGUUUCUUGUUCAUGUUUUAGAGUCUGGAAAGAAGGAUCCGGAUCCCGUAUUCCCGCUCCGUUGUUCACGAGAAUCCCGCCCCCCGAAAUUCUCUCGUCGCUAUCCCGAAUACCGUCGGUUUUUCUUUCCCAAUCCUGCAUCCAUGCCCAACUUUUGGCGAAUCUCACUUCCCGGGUAGCAGUCAAAUCUCGUAUCCCGUUAGCGUUUUGCCGAAUCCCGCAAUGUAUUUUGCUCAAAUUUCGGAUUCCGGGAAUGACGUUCCAGACCCUGAUGUUUAUUACUCACCACCGACGGUAUUUUGCACAGAGUAGGCGACUGUUUUCAAAACAUUGUUUUUUAUUUGGCUAAAAUAUUGAAGGAUCAUUUGUUUCUGAGGCCAAAUAUUCGUCCCUGAAGCUGAGUUUAUUCAGACCUUAUUGUCUAAACAACAUUUCCUUAUAUCCAGAUUAUCUAGGCCUGAAACAUAUUUAUCUCGCGCGAUGUAAUUAGGGGACAUUUGCGUUCGUAAUGUCUGUUUUUUUUAGUUUAGUUUUUUCUUGAAAGAUUCACGAAUUUUACUACGUAGUUGCAUUUUGUUGUAGCUUCAGAAAACAGCCGACAUUCCGGGACGCCACCACUGUCUCCCCGCGAAGUGACGUCUGAUGACGCGUCACUACCCAUAUCUGACUAUUGCUUCUGAUUGGUCUUGCCGCAAUCAGAAGCACUACCCAUGCGUCAUUAGUAUGGAAUUUCUCAGACGUCAUUUCCCAGCAAACCAGUGGUGGCAUCGCGAAAUGUCUGCUGUUUUCUCAGGCCAAUUUUGUCGCUGUUCAGGUGCCUCAGGUGCUGUAGUCAAAUUUCUGUUGUUAAUGAUCGAUUAAUUGUAAACAGCACUGGAUAUGUUCAUUCGUCUGUAGGUUUAUUGUGAAUACAGGACCCUGCUGGCUGAAGAUGCUACUUCAAGUCGACAAAAGAACGUGAGUAAAUAUGUCAGUCUUGAACAAAAACAAGUCCGGAAGAAUACACAUAAAAAUCAGUGAUUUAUUUGUACGUGCAGCUACCUCGUGAGGAUGCGUGAAGAGCUAUUAGAAGAGUUGGUGUGAAAGCGCUUCUCCAGUUUCUAGGAGUUACUCUUAAGCUUACUCAAAAACCUGCUGUCCUGCGUCGGCUAUACUCCUCUUUUUCGCGAUCUCUUUUGUUUCCUUGGUUAUUUGCUAGACCAACAAUCGCUACCGGCGUUAGAAGCGAUAAAAAACUUCUCUAAUUGCCUUUUGGUUUCUCGAUUAUGUUGAUGCUAGCCUCCCGCGCAGACGUUCUUUGAGCUUUGUCACGCGUUCCUUCCCCACGAAGGAGGAGGAGGAUUGUAUGAUGGAGGUGAGGAUUGCGUGACGAGCCAAAAGAACAUCUGGAUGGGAGGCUAUGUUGAUGCGCAGUAAAAAAAAACGGUAAUCAUCUUUAUAACGCACAUGUCGCGUUCUUUCAUGAUUCUGUACCUGAUUGUGAUAAAAUGGGGUGGUUAAGCAGUUGUUAUGUUCACAGUAGUUGUUUUGUCUCACAGGCACAUGUUGACCAUUUUGAUCUUGUUUCUCGUCGGAUGGGCUUUAUUCCUCUUCCUUUGGGAUCCCUGGUGAGUUAGUCAUGAUUUGCAUUAUAUAUAACAGCGCUCUCGUGUUGGGUUUCGCGCUAGCUUUCACGCAAUGAGUUUACGACCGCUCACGCAAAACGCUCCUGGCUUUGUUCUCUCUCGUUUCUCAGCCUCCGCCUUAACUUAACUUAACUUUAUCAACCGUUUUUUCAAAAAGUAGCCACAAACUUAACGAAAAAAAACUUGCACGAUGGAUGCUAAAGCCAGAGGCUUAUAUGUUCAAAGUUACAGAAAAAAACUGUUUAGGAAUCACAUUGCGUUCUUGUUCUGGACAUUUUCAACGUCCACUUAACUGCUGCAUGGUGAUAUUUUCAGGUUAUAAAAGUAAUCGCGCAGUCUGUUAAGCUUCAUGGAGUAGCUGGAGUUUGUCUCUUUCUCAGCACUUUUGUUUUGUGAGUAUCACAUUUUUAACUAUUUUUCUCGCCUGUUCAAGACAUCAUGCAAUUCGCGUUGUAAAGUUUUCCUUGAAUAGGCCUUUUUCAUUAGUUGAUCACGUGAUCAACUUUCUGUAAACACGAAAACAAUUCCCUUUUGAAAAAUUUUGUUAGCACGAACUGAAAGAGCAUAUGAAAAUUAGGUAACCUGUAAAUGUAAAAAUUUACAAGGAUUUGUGUGGAAAACCACUCAAGCGUGACCGGGUGGCAGGAGUUGUUUUUCUCAUACAAAUCCUUUAAUUUUCGGCGACCGUUGCAAUCGCUACUUUUGAGAUAUACGGCUGAAAAUUUACAGGUUACUUAAUUUUAAUAUGCUCUUUCUUUUCCUGAUAACAAAAUUUUGCAAAUGAGAACAGUUCUCGUGUUUACAGUAAGUUGGUCACGUGAUCAACUUUUGGAAAAGGCCUGUUAAGGUCAAUCGCAAUCUCUCAGCUCUGCUCCCUAUGAUGUCAGGUAGCCGGCAAGCAGUCGGGUUCGGAAAUAAUUCACGUAUUGGUAGGGUCCCGGGGAUCAAACGCGGAACCUCCCGCAUCUAACAACAACAGCAACAUCUUUUAUUUAAACACGGUGGAUUUCAAAGCUAAUAUAACUUAUGGGGCCGUGUAAAAUGACUGAGCAAAUCUUGCUGCUGCGUUUCCUGGGUAUUACAGUCGUAACAAAGAAAAGGAGAAUCCAAGAGGCCACUUGCGAGUUCCAAAUACGCUCACUUUCAAAAGGAGGUCAAGUACACAUAGGCAGGCGGCUUAGCUAGAGAAUUAUGCUAUUUCUGAUAGAAGCACCAACCUUUGUACGAAUAGUUACAUUCCCACGCUGGUCAUUUCCUGAUAUAGUGCCAAGUUAAACUUUCUAAUUCCACCUUGUUAGCAGCAAGUGAAAUUUUCAGACCCGAGACCCCCAGCGAAGUACUUCUUUUUGCUCUUUUUUUUAUAGAUCUAAUGCACUUUACUGAUUUCAAAAUACACGUACAACAUCUGUUUUAAACAUGGAUGCGAAUUGUUAUUUUCUUCUCUUCGUGAUAUUGUUGAGGACUGUAAGGUUCUGGCUUGGCUAGUUAGCGAACGGACCGAGACUAUGUUCUUCUGCUUCUGACUUUUAUUAUUCUCGGCGUUUAACAGCUACAACUCUUCUUCUACUACUAGCAAGCCCAUCACCAGCGAAUUGAAUAACCAAAUUGUAGACUUGUUUGGGUUAGCUGACCGUGAGACCCUUCCCUGGCAUAUCCUGUCGCUUAACUUGUGAACAAUAGAAUAGUCUACACUGUCGCAAUUAACAAGUACCAAAGAACCAAUUGAAUGCUAGAGGUAAAACUGCUCGCUAGGGCCAAGCAUACAAAACAGGAACUUCAGUGGAGGUAAAACUUAAGGUCAGCUGUAAUCCCCGAACAUGAUUACUUCAAAGAACUACAAUGAGUUUAACAAAUCCUUUAAAUAGACGAUACUUGUCAAAACUCAGGAACUAACCGUGUGGCCUAUACAUUGAAUUUCCUUGGACUAUGAACUGUUUAUUAAGAAACUAGCACGUACUACCAAAUAAUCAUUCGGAUACCCUAAACAUAAGAAGAACCUUAAAAAUACCAAAACUCCAAAACAAAACUAACAGCAACGACUUCAUAACAUUCCUCCCCGGUUAAAUUGCAUGAACAUUGUCCUCCAUGUGGACGGUAGGAAGAAUUAAUACAUCACCUUUACGAACUUAUUUUAAUUAAUAAGUAUAGUAAAACUAAACAAUGUUAAAAAAAACUACCCAGCGAGACAUACAGAGUUCAUGGCAUCUCCCCCUACUGCCAUUUUACUGGUGUGAGUAUGCGUUACAACGUAGUCGUAUGCACUUUCUAGAAAACGUGGUCCGCAGUGACACCUUCUCAUGGUUUUGAGGAAGUCGUUGUUUUUCUUGAAACAAUCCAUGCAGACAAGGUGAUCACAGCGCAGAACAGUCCAGUCAAACACCGCUACACCUUUCAUUUUAAAACAAAAAAUACAAAUCCACUUUGCUAUAAAUUGAAUUUGGCGUUCAGGAUCCAUAUUUCCUACAAGCAGAAUCAGAAAAGAAUCACAACAAUAACCAAAACUAUAAUAGUACAGGAUAUAGGUCAAUUUGGUUGAAACUCGUUCACAUGAUUAUUGACUAACUUCUGAAAAUUGACUGCGCUAACAGUAGGUCCUCAAAAAUAAAGAUAUCUUCAUACUCGUGGACGCGAAAGAUAUAAGGUGCCGAGCUAAAAAAAGGUAACCAGAUGUUUUCAAAGCAAACAGCACUUCACAGAAUUGAUUUUCCGCAAACGAACGACAAUAAUUUUGCGGAAAAGUUGUACGAAAUAUGUCGCUGAUAAAGCGCUCGUUUACCAUGAAAUAACUACAAAUGUGUACAAACUCGACAACAUUGUCCACUACCCAAAUCAGAGACCGACCAAAACCAGAAAGCAACCCUAAAAACAAAUCACUAGAUUGCCACGAGAAAGAGCGACGAAUGAGUUACUAAAGGUAAAUUUAUCAGUACCAGAUUCGGGGAUAAAUGUUUUGGAAUCUUCACGCGCCCAGUUUAGACUAGUUUCUGGCUUUCCAAUUUUCACGUGUCGUGCCCCAUUAAUCAGGGGUUAACUGCCUUAAGUGACGGGGAAUAGGAACACCAAAAAAGAAAGAAUUCAACUUCAUAUCCUUCUUUUCAUCAACACAGUCAGAACGUCAGCUCUGCUGAAGGCAUUUUAUCAGUCCGAGGAACAAUGUUGAUUACUUCUAGAAAGCAAUUUCGCCCCUCUACUGAUGGUCAGCCACCACCAUUUCCAAUAGUUAGGGGUGUUCUUCCGCCUAACUCGUUCCACGGGCCUCGUUUUACAAAACUCCUUUGUCUACGUCUUUUAAAUAUUGCAAACCGACCGUACACAUUUAAAACUCGAUUCAACGCUCCGGCUGCCAAUUACUCUUCAAAACACAUUUGGCACAAGUCUUUCAUAAACUUUAUAAAUGUUGGAUACAUGCUUCACACAAAGUAGAAAAAUUUCUAUAAUGAAGCAGUCAAAUGAAAAUAACUUUAAAGAACUUCUUUAGUAGGCUUUAAACAGUAUUUUCUUCAAAACACAUUUUUACAAAACGGAGAAAUUAGUGCGAGGUUGUCGUUAUGUAAUUUGUCUCAGGCAUUAACAUUCCGAACGUUCCUCUAUCGCAACCGUACAAUUUUGGGACUUGGACUAAAACCAACAAGCUAAAAUAAUUUUAAAUUGAGGCCAAAUGACUCUGACGAUCAAAAACCAAAAAGAACGAAAUCAAUGUAAAAUAUUGUGUAACUAAAAUUUAGGCUUGCAAUGGCAUACCAAACACACAAGGAAGAACUUGCCGAGAAUCGUCCACUUAAAGCUUGCAUUUUUCUUCAGUCUGUGUAUUCACCAAAAUAAGAGGAUUCUCCACCAAAAUAUGUGGGGUUGUGUUCGAGCAACUCGCUCGCUACACUCGAUGAGGUUCCAGGAAUCUGAUUUACAUCCUGGUCGUUAUCCUGCUUUGACUUCUGCUAACAAUCUUAAUCUUAAUCUUGUUACUUUCUGCUCUACUCAAUCCUUACUCACUUCUAACUAACUAGUUCAAGUAUAGUAGCGGUUUUUAUAGCCAAAGCUUGACAUGUUUGGGUUAGCUGACUGUGGGAAUAAAAUCAAGGUGAACUCGGUGUGGGUGAUGUUUUGGUACUUCUGAACCUACAUAGUUGCGAUCGGCAAGAAGCUACAAACCAAUGAAAAACUAAGACGCUGGUUAACAAACCCAAACAGGAACUUCAACGAGACUAAUGAACCAAGGUCAGCUCUAACAUCACCAACGCGACCGCCUAUGAAGAACUAACAUCUGAUAAUGGCAAGCGAAGAAUAUUCCUAAAAUGGCAUUAAGUAAACUAGCGAAAAGAUCAAAACAGGAAACACUUUUGCGGAUAAAGAAGGCUAACCUUGACCCACCUAAUGAAACAAAAACGAAACUUAAAAGAUGAGACGGAUCUUAAAAUAACUUUCAAAAUACUUCACAACAAAAUAUAUGCAACUCGUAAUUUUGAAUUUAUCUGCACACGCUUUUUCUCUUUUUUCUCUUGGUUCGGAUGGUGAAAGCUUGCGCUGUCUCAUUCUAAAUGUGCAUGCGACUGGGUACAGCCAACACCAAUCUUGACCGAAAUGUUAAUUUAAAACGAAAAAGACAGUGUGAAAUAUGACGAUUUUCCUAACCAAAGUCAAUCGUUUCGCUUUUUUGCUCGCUCGAGCCAUUGUUGCAGAUUACGCGCGGCAGCAAAACAAACUGAACGUAAUCAUUGGAGCACAUCAGUUUUAUACAGUCGUUGUAGUUUAAGGUUUAAUGGCGUCCGAUAAACAAGACGUACGGGGUAAACAGGCUGGGAUCACUGACUGAAAUUAUACUAUGUUUUUAUAAACAAGGACAAAUGAAUUUCAUUGAAUUAUUAGUUAAUUGUGGUUUCUAUGGAAACCGACGUAAUUCCGGCUUGGCACUAUAUCUGAAAAUGCUUGUAUUGGUGACUACUAUCAGUGUGCCAAAUUUCAUGCUUGUAUCUAAAGGUGCACAAUUCACCUGAAAUUUCGAGCCAUGCUACCGGACUAACAACCUUUCUUGUGAAGAUGAAUGUUAUUACCUUGCGAGUAGAGUCUCCUUCGAUCUUCCUAGAUCUUCCCGACGUAUCUAAGAAGAUCAAAGGAGACUCUGCUCGCAGGGUAGAAUGUUAUUUUGCAUGAGAAUGAAAAAUUAUUUCCACAUCAAAGGCUGAGCACUUUAAAACCUCGUUUUGAUGCAGAGGCCAGGGGGACUCAGAAAUGGUCUAUUGAAGACAAAUUCGCGACUGGAAACUGGGUCGAGUUAGCUUUUGCAUGCGCAUGCAUACAACUACCGUAUUUAUUCGAAUAAGCGCCCAACCUCGAAUUAGCGCCCACCUCGAAUAAGCGCCCAUCCCAAAGGCAGAAAAAGUUAAUAAGCGCCCACCCUCGAAUAAGCGCCCACCCCCUACUCCUCCCAAUCAAACUCAAAUAAGCGCUCACCCCACCCCACCCACUUGAGUGAGUAAAUUCUAAUAAGAGACAUCCCCGAGGACGGAGUCUUCUUCAGAGUAUUUUACAGAAACCUUGCUUUGUUACUUCUUCGCGUUUUGUUAUUAGCAUUUAUUGUUUUGUUAUAAAAUAAACACGCUUCACUUACUGAAAAUGGUGAAAAUUUAAUAAGCGCCCAGCCUCGAAUAAGCGCCCACCUCGAAUAAGCGCCCACUCUCAAGGUCCAAAAAUUUAAUAAGCGCCCAGGGCGGUUAAUCGAAUAAAUACGGUACUUCUCACGGUACGUUCCUGGGGACGCGCUGCUCAGCUAUUGGGCCCAGUAACAGCCACAGAACUCUUUGCAAAACUUAAAUCUUCUCGUUUGCGUAUGAAAACGAGAUUAAUUAUGGAAGAUGUUAAAAUGGCGGAUGUGCCAACACACUCACCACAUGUUUACUAACUCACCCGAAUUGUUUUUUCUCUUGUUGAAGCCUUACGUCGGUGAAAGUGUUAAACAGCAUCAUAUUUCUUGGGAAAGCUACUCAAUACGUCAAAGAAGAAAAGAAUGAAGAAUUUGUCAAGGGUAAUCAGAGUAGCCAAGUCUCCGCGAGAACUCUCGAGGCCCAGGUCUCCGCGACUUUGUUGGACUCUGCGCAGUGUUCGAGUAUUUCAUUGGUUGACGAGAAGAAGAAAACGGGAAAAACUGCGGAAAACAACAAGAAGGCAAAACCACACGAAAAAACACUGGCGGAGAUAGACAGAUACACGCUUUGCAAUAAAGAAAUCGUGGUGUUUUAACAACCCACGUUACCUUCUUCACUUGAUUGUGAAAUAAAAAGUUUAGUUCUGAAUUCAAAAUAAAAGUUAGUCUUUAUUUAAGGCAAAGGGGACAGUAAGACGAAGCUGGAGGAGUUUUAAAAACCCGGCUAACUGC